CUCCGGGCGGGGCCGGAAGAGGAAGUCGGCGCUGCAGCGGCGGCUCCAGCAGCCGCGGCGGCCCCACUCAAGGUCCGCGGUCCUACCCUGUCCCGCCCGGCCACCGAGGCAGCGCCGCGACGGGAUCCGGAGCCUGCCCCGCUGAGCCUCGACGCGCCGCCCGGCGCCUACCCGUCAGUUCGAUGGGUCGGCAGUCGCCGCUGCCCCCCGCUGUGGCCGCCCUGCUCUGGUGUUUCCUGCUCCCUCUGCUGCUCACGAAGCAAUCCUCCAUGCCUCUGGAAAUGGCAGGCCUUCACCAUCUAAGGACUACUGCAUGCUGUAUAACCCUCACUGGACAUCUCUUCCAAGUACCCUAGAAAAUGCAACUUCCACGAGUUUGAUGAAUCUGACUACCACACCACUCUGCAAUGUUUCUGAUAUUCCUCCUGAUGGAAUAAAGAACAAAGCAGUUGUGGUACAGUGGGGAACCUGCCAUUUUCUUGAAAAAGCCAAAAUUGCACAAACAGGAGGUGCUGAAGCUUUGUUGGUUGCCAAUAACAGUGUCCUAUUUCCUCCCUCAGGGAACAAAUCUGAAUUUCUUGAUGUGAAAAUAUUGAUUGCAUUUAUAAACCACAAAGACUUUAAAGAUAUGAAGCAGACUCUUGGAGAUAACAUUAUGGUGAAAAUGUAUUCUCCAUCAUGGCCUAACUUUGACUAUACUAUGGUGGUUAUUUUUGUAAUUGCUGUAUUCACUGUGGCAUUAGGAGGAUACUGGAGCGGGCUAAUUGAAUUGGAAAACAUGAAGGCAAUGACAAACACUGAAGAUAGAGAAAUGAGGAAAAAGAAGGAAGAAUACUUUACUUUUAGUCCUCUAACAGUUAUAAUAUUUGUGGUCAUCUGCUGUAUUAUGAUGGUCUUACUUUAUUUCUUCUACAAAUGGUUGGUUUAUGUUAUGAUAGCAAUUUUCUGCAUAGCAUCAGCGAUGAGUCUGUACAACUGUCUUGCUGCACUAGUUCGUAAGAUACCAUGUGGACAAUGCACGAUUACCUGUCGUGGCAAGAGCAUUGAAGUGAGACUUAUUUUUCUCUCUGGACUGUGCAUAGCAGUAGCUGUUGUUUGGGCUGUAUUUCGAAAUGAAGAUAGGUGGGCUUGGAUUUUACAGGAUAUCUUGGGGAUUGCUUUCUGUCUGAAUUUAAUUAAAACACUGAAGUUACCCAACUUCAAGUCAUGUGUGAUACUUCUAGGCCUUCUCCUCCUCUAUGAUGUAUUUUUUGUUUUCAUAACACCAUUCAUCACAAAGAAUGGUGAGAGUAUCAUGGUUGAACUUGCAGCUGGACCUUUUGGAAAUAAUGAAAAGAAUGAUGGAAACUUGGUGGAAGCCACUGCUCAACCAUCAGCUCCCCAUGAGAAAUUACCAGUAGUCAUCAGGGUACCAAAACUGGCCUAUUUCUCAGUAAUGAGUGUCUGUCUCAUGCCAGUUUCAAUACUGGGUUUUGGAGACAUCAUUGUACCAGGUCUGUUGAUUGCAUACUGUAGAAGAUUUGAUGUUGAGAUUGGCUCUUCUAUAUACUAUGUUUCCUCCACAAUUGCCUAUGCCAUUGGCAUGAUUCUUACAUUUGUUGUUCUGGUGCUGAUGAAAAAGGGUCAACCUGCUCUCCUCUAUUUAGUACCUUGCACACUUAUUACUGCCUCACUUGUUGCCUGGAGACGUAAGGAAAUGAAAAAGUUCUGGAAAGGUAGCAGCUAUCAGAUGAUGGACCAUCUGGACUAUGCAACAAAUGAAGAAAACCCUGGGACUGCUGGUGAACAGAUUGUCCAACAAUAAUAUCAUGUGGAUGUGCAAUAAUGUGUCGGUUGAUUUUCUACAAAUAGAAUUUGACUUUUUAAAUUGACUUUUGAAUUGACAAUCUGAAAGAAACUUCAAUGAUAUGCUUGCAAAUAUGUAUCUAUAAGAGCUGGUACUGACAAUUAAUUACAUGAUAAAUAAUUAAAAUACAAUUGCUUUUAACUAUGUUAAAGUUGUGCCUUCACAUUAAAUAAAAGCAUAUGGUCUGUGUAA